AGUACCGGCACAAACCGCCCUAGGUCGUUACUUGUUCGUUGGUCGGCAGCGGGCAGAGAAAGACUUAAGACGCCGCUCCGUGACUGCCUGACUAGAGGGUCAGCCAGAUAGAGGUUGAGGAGGCACCCCUGUUGGCCACUACUCCGCCAGCAGCAACUGAACAGGGAGAGACAGAAACAGGCCGCCUCCUGCUAUCCGUGACGCAGUGCCUAAGCUGCAUAACGUAAGCAGCAUGUCCCAGCUUGUUCCCAAGGAUUUUUCUCACUCCGGAGAGAGAAGAGUCUUAGAAGUGGAGACAAUGCAGCCAGCAAGACUUCAAGAAGAUAAAACUAAGUUUGAAGACAUACAGGGAGCAGUGGCAAGUGCCUGUGGGACUGAUGAGCCCAUCCACCUUUGCACUGAUCUGACUGACAAUGUGCCUGUGAGCUCCGGUCCAAGAGCUACUCCUGUUGUGAAAGAAGAUGAAGCAUCUCAGGAAUUGAAAGCCACUAACGUUGAUGCUGACUCUGAUAACUGCCAUGAAAAUGGACCAUCAGAAUCCUGUGAGAGAGAUUCAUCUGGCAAUUCUAACUCUUUAAUGGGUGGUGCUGACAACAUUAAUCACACACGUUAUUUCUCUGUAGACAUUGAUUCUAAAGAUUUUGAGCCAUAUCCAGGCGACUACAUAAAAAUUCUAUUUUCUGUCCAGCGAGAGACACAGACCAGAAAGGUGCUCUCAGUGAGGCCUCGUAAAUACAAGCAUGUGCAUGAGGUGCGCAUUACUAGUGUAGAUGGAAGAAUUGGGGUGAUAGAUGAUGCUAUCUUCUUCACCUUGGAUUCUCUGAAACUUCCUGAGGGAUACGUGCCUAAAGUCCAUGAUGUCGUCAGUGCUGUCAUAGUGGAGAGUGCUAAUGCAGGGUAUAUUUGGAGAGCAAUCUCCAUUACCCCUGUAGUAAACAUGUAAAAAUACAGCCUGGUUAUCCUCUGUGCAUCCUUUCUUCCCUAGGUAGACUAAGAUACAGUGCAAAUGUGCUUUGAAAAAAUACAUUAGAUAAUCUUAGUAAUUGUUUCUUAGAAUGUUUCUGUAAUCCUGAAUAUGUUGGCUGAAAGAAUUUAAUGUUCUUUUCAAAAUGUUAGUUUUUCACUAUCAAUUAAAGUCGUUUUC